GAGUUGCAGCAAUCGGGCACCUUGAAGAAUGAGAGCUCCAGCGGGAUAGCGGAGCAGGAGCUGAAAAGCAGGCGGCAGACGAUCCGCUUCAGCCUCCGCCCCAAAUCAUCUCGCCGCCUGUCACAGCGGUCUUUCAGUGCUUUCAACGAGCUGGCAAAGCUAGGUGACCCCAACCUGCUGGAGAUGGUGGAGCAGGAAGGCUUAACAGCCAAAGAAAUAGACUAUGCUCUCCAAAAGAAUGAGCUCUCAAGCCUGGAUCUUAUUCCUUUUCCAGAAUGAACCUGGGCUCCAAAGAGACGAGCUUUCUCAUCCCUGAAGACUCACAGUCACCGUUCCAGAGAAGUGAGCACAGCAAAGACUCGGUCUUCUUCAGAGAUGGAGUCCGGCAGAUCGACUUUGUCCUAUCCUACGUGGAAGAUGUGAAGAAAGAUGGAGAGCUGAAGGCAGAAAGAAGACGAGAGUUUGAACAAAAUCUCAGAAAAACAGGUCUUGACUUGGAAAUAGAAGACAAAUUGAACUCUGAAGAUGGGAAAACCUAUUUUGUGAAGAUUCAUGCCCCAUGGGAAGUCCUGGUCACUUACGCUGAAGUGCUGGGAAUCAAGAUGCCUAUUAAGUUGAGUGACAUCCCACGACCAAAGUACCCACCCCUGUCUUACAUGCUUGGGGCGGUGAAGCUCCCAUCCUCUGUGAAGUAUCCUACUCCUGAGUAUUUCACUGCCCAGUUCAGCAGACACCGUCAGGAACUCUUCCUCAUCGAGGAUGAGGCCACUUUCUUUCCAUCCUCAACAAGGAACAGAAUUGUUUACUAUAUUCUGUCACGAUGCCCUUUUGGAGUGGAAGAGGGGAAGAAAAAGAUUGGGAUCGAAAGACUGCUGAACUCGAACACGUAUUUAUCUGCCUACCCGCUCCAUGAUGGCCAGUAUUGGAAACCAUCAAAAACUACUCGCCCCAAUGAAAGGUACAACCUUUGCAAGAACUGGGCUCGAUUUUCCUACUUUUACAAGGAGCAACCUUUUCAUUUGAUUCGGAAUUAUUUUGGAGAAAAAAUCGGUAUCUAUUUUGUAUUUCUCGGAUAUUACACAGAAAUGCUGUUGUUUGCGGCUCUGGUCGGCUUAGCCUGCUUCAUCUACGGCUUGUUAUCGAUGGAAAAUAACCAAACUAGCACCGAAAUCUGUGACCCUAACAUCGGAGGUCAGAUGAUCAUGUGCCCACUUUGUGAUGAAGUGUGUGAUUACUGGAGACUGAACACCACGUGUUUGCAUUCAAAGUUCUCCCAUCUGUUUGAUAACGAGUCGACUGUGUUCUUUGCGCUCUUCAUGGGGAUCUGGGUAACGCUGUUUCUGGAGUUUUGGAAGCAGCGACAAGCCAGGCUUGAGUAUGAAUGGGAUCUGGUGGACUUUGAAGAAGAACAGCAGCAGCUCCAGCUGCGGCCUGAAUUCGAAGCUAUGUGUAAACACAAGAAGAUGAAUCCAGUGACAAAGGAAAUGGAGCCACACAUGCCUCUAUGCCAUCGCAUCCCAUGGUACUUUGUGUCAGGGACCACAGUGACCUUUGGGAUGGCUCUCCUCCUCAGCAGCAUGGUGUCCAUCAUCAUAUACCGCCUGUCAGUCUUUGCCACUUUUGCCAGCUUCAUGGAAAGCGAAGCCACCCUGCAGAGCGUGAAGAGCUUCUUCACUCCGCAGCUGGCCACCGCUCUUUCUGGAUCAUGCCUGAACUGCAUUGUCAUUUUGAUACUGAAUUUUUUUUAUGAGAAGAUAUCUGCCUGGAUUACGAAAAUGGAAAUACCACGAACUCACCAGGAGUAUGAGAGCAGCCUCACUCUGAAGAUGUUUCUCUUCCAAUUUGUGAACUAUUACUCAUCUUGCUUCUAUGUGGCCUUCUUUAAAGGGAAGUUCGUGGGAUAUCCUGGGAGGUACACAUAUAUGUUCAACAUAUGGAGAAGCGAAGAGUGUGGUCCUGCAGGCUGUCUGGUAGAGCUGACCACCCAGCUAACCAUCAUCAUGAUUGGAAAACAGAUUUUUGCAAACAUCCAUGAAGCCUUUCAACCCUUGAUUUUUAAUUGGUGGAGACGCCGAAGAGCCCGAACCCACUCUGAGAAACUGUACAGUCGUUGGGAGCAAGAUCAUGACCUUCAGAUGUACGGACACCGUAGGCUGUUUUAUGAGUACUUGGAAACAGUUAUCCAGUUCGGGUUUGUCACGCUGUUUGUGGCCUCUUUUCCUCUGGCACCCCUGUUUGCUCUCAUGAACAACAUCAUGGGAAUCCGAGUGGAUGCCUGGAAGCUGACAACUCAGUACAGGAGACCUGUCGCAGCUAAAGCCCACUCCAUAGGUGUCUGGCAAGACAUUCUUUUUGGAAUGGCCAUCGUUUCUGUUGCAACCAAUGCCUUCAUUGUCUCAUUCACAUCUGACAUCAUCCCCCGGUUAGUUUACUUCUAUGCCUACUCAACGAAUUCCACAGAGCCCUUGAGUGGAUACGUCAAUAACAGCCUGUCAGUGUUCCUGAUAGCUGACUUUCCCAACCACACAGUGCCCAUGGAGAAAAAAGACUUCGUCACCUGCAGCAUGUUGUGUUUCUGUUUAAAUUUUUAUUGGCCUGGAUGAUACCAGAUGUUCCUAAAGACGUUGUGGAGAAAAUCAAACGAGAAAAGUUAAUGACUGUCAAAAUUAUUCAUGACUUUGAGCUCAACAAGUUGAAAGAAAACUUGGAUGUUGAAUAUGGUAACAUCAAGAAGAAUGCCUUAGUAAAUGAAAGCAAUUCCCUGGAGGCUAAAACUUCAGUCUAAUCACGUGCUAGUGGGGAAGCUUUGAGCCCCCCCCUGCUCUAUCCACUGCUGCCUCUGGGUGUCAGGCUGGAUGCUGGAAGACAUGUAGCCAUUUGUUUUUCUUUCCUUCUUUUAUUUUUAACUCAGAGUGUUUAUGCACUUUAAUAGAGGUUGGCAGUGUGCUAUCAGAAGAGAAUAUAGGCUGGCAUCAUCUGCUGGGUGGUCCCAGGAUUCUCUGGGGUCCUGUAAACAGUUACAGGUGGAGCCUGUGGAUUCAGAAUCUAGGAAAUCAUGGAUUGUUGCUACUUAAAGUGAAACCAUGGCCUUGUGGGGAGGAGGUACUCUACUACUGCCCAGGGCAACUGUACAUCUCUACUGUCUCCUACUGAGUGUUUUCUGUCUCCCUCCCAACAAGAAAAAGGUUGUUUCAAAGAGAAAUAUAGCAAAGAGACCCACCAAGUCCUAAAACAUCUGCGGUUGUAAGACGCACAAAUGAAAGCCAAAAUCAGAAGUCUUGAGAAAUUUCAUCUACUAGCAAACACUGGAUAGAAAUC